AUGGUGCUUUCUGUGAUAGCAACAAAAUCCAUCAAAAGACAGAGAUCAGAAAUAAGAAACCAUACAGGAAUAACAAUAUUCAUUUUUCGAGGCUUGACAGAUGACCCACAGCUACAAGUUCUGCUUUUUAUCUUUUUGUUUCUGACCUACAUGCUGAGUGUAACUGGAAACUUGACCAUCAUCACCCUGACUUUGGCGGAUCCCCACCUUAAAACUCCCGUGUAUCUUUUCCUUAGAAAUUAUUCCUUCUUAGAAUUGUCAUUCACAACUGUCUAUAUUCCCAGAUUCCUGUACAACAUGUCAAUUGGAGACUAUACUGUGACCUAUAAAGCAUGUUUCACUCAAUUAUUUUUUGGUGUCCUCUUUGGGGCCUCAGAAUUUUUUCUCUUGGCUGUCAUGUCUUAUGACCGCUAUGUAGCCAUUUGCAAACCUCUGCACUAUGCAGCCAUCAUAAACAACAGAGUCUGUAACCAGCUCAUCCUGGGUUGUUGGUUGUCUGGGUUGAUGAUCAUUGUUCCAAUACUUGGAGGGGGUCUUGAGCUAGAAUUGACUGACCAUUUUGCCUGUGAUGUGUCACCAUUGCUAAAGAUCACAUGCUCUGAUACACAGUUCCUAGAAAGAAUAAUUCUAACAUGUGCUGUGUUGACACUCAUCAUCACCUUAGUGUUAGUGGUUCUAUCCUAUGUCUAUAUUGUCAAGACUAUUCUGAGAUUUCCCUCUACCCAGCAAAGAAAAAAAGCCUUUUCCACUUGUUCCUCCCACAUGAUUGUUGUCUCCAUGACUUAUGACAGCUACAUCUUUAUUUAUAUCAAACCUUCUGAAAAAGAAGGGGUGGCUUUGAAUAAGGUGAUGACAGUACUUGCAACCUCAGUGGCCCCAGUAAUGAACGCCCUGAGGAAUAAACAAGUGUUACAAGCUUUUAGAGGCACGUUCAAAAGAAUUGCACUGAUUUCAAAGCUAUGA